AUAAUAAUACAAUAAUUAUUACUAUUAUUAUUACAAUUACUAAAAUUUAAUUUGUAAUCAUAAGUAUAAUUGUAAUUAUAGUUAUUAUACUUUUAAUUGUAAUUAUAAUUACAAUUGGUAUAACUAUAAUUACGAUUAAAAUUAGUAUUAUUACAAAUUACAUUUUAAUAAUUAUAAUUAUAAUUAAAGAUAUAAUUAUAAUAUCAAUUAUAUUUAUAAUUGCAAUUAAAAUUAUAAUAAUUUUAAUUAAAAUUUUAAUUAAAUGCAGUACAUCCUGUGUUUCACAUAUCCUUGCUAAAGAAAUCCUUGACAAACAAUGCACAGUGCCAACCACUGCCAAGUAGUCUGUCUAAAGAAUAGGAGUUAUAGGAACAAUUAGAGCUGGUAAUGGAGGUAAGAAGAAACCAGGGCGGAGAGUGGGAAGUCUUAGUGCACUGGAAACAUUUGCCAGACUUUGACUUUGAGGACUCUUGGGAGGUUCUAAAUCAGUUCAAACAGCAAUUCCCAGAUUUUCACCUUGAGGACAAUUUGGUUUUUGAAGGAGAGAGAGAUGAUAGAGAUCCAGACAAAACAGAAGAGCCCAUUAUUAAUAAUAAGGAAAGAUUUUUCUAAAACAAGAGUAAAUCAAAGGCGGGGUAAAAGAGUAAAUCAAGUAGUUGGAGAGGGAGAAUGUCCUACCUGAAUUGUAUUAUGUGGAAAGGGGAGAGAAUAUAGGCGGGAGAAGAGGAGAGAAGAGAAGAGGGAGGCUGUUAGACACUGGAAUUGGGUGGGUGAGAGAGAGGGGCUCUUAAAAACUCUAGCUAUCUUCAUUAUUUUACUGUAUUUCUUCUUCUUCUGUUGUAAUUCGUGUAACUCGGAUUUUGUUGAUCCAGAUUUUAUUUCAAUAUACAAUUACAGAGAUUGGAGUUUAGUGUUCUAUCAGCAAUUCAGCACCCUCUGCACUAGCCAUAUGCCCAUAUGACUAUCUUAUGCUCCAAUGAAGCCCAAGGAAAAAGUGAUUGGAGUUUAGUGUUCUAUCAGCAAUUCAGCACCCUCUGCACUAACCAUAUGACUAUCUUAUGCUCCAAAGAAGCCAAAGGAAAAAGAUCAGGUCAGAUCAGAAAAAUUCAGAUCAAAUCAGAUAAGAAACAUUCAGAUCAGACCAGAAAGAUUCAGAUCAAAUCAUACCAGAUCAGAAAAGUACAUCCUGUGUUCCACAUAUCCUUGAUAAAGAAAUCAUUGACAAACAAUGCACAAUCAGAGCUGGUAAAGGAGGUAAGAAGAAACCAGGGCGGAAAGUGGGAAGUCUUAGUGCACUGGAAACAUUUGCCUGACUUUGAGGACUUUUGAGAGGUUCUAAAUCAGUUCAAACAGAAAUUCCUAGAUUUUCACCUCGAGGACAAAGUGGUUUUUCAAGGAGAGAGUGAUGAUAGAGAUCCAGACAAAACGGAAGAGCCCAUUAUUAAUCAUAAGGAAAGAUUUUUCUAAAGUGUACCAAAGGCGGGGUGAAAGAGUAAAUCAAGUAGUUGGAGAGGGAGGAUGCCCUACCUGAAUUGUAUUACGUGGAAAGGGGAAGGAAUAUAGGCAGGAAAAGAGGAGAGAAGAAGGAGGGAGAGAGAGAGAGAGAGAGAGAGAGAGAGAGAGAGAGGCUCUUAAAAACUCUAGCUAUCUUCAUUAUUUUACUGUAUUUCUUCUUCUUCUGUUGUAAUUCUUGUAAUUGGCAUACUGUUGAUCUGGAUUUUACUUUCAAUAUACAAUUGCUGUGAUUGGAGUUUAGUGUUCCAUCAGCAAUUCAGCACCCUCUGCACUGCCCAUAUGACUAUCUUAUGCUCCAAAGAAGCCAAAGGAAAAAGGUCAGAUUAGAAAAAUUCAAAUCAAAUCAGAUAAGAAACAUUCAGAUCAGACCAGAAAGAUUCAGAUCAAAUCAUACCAGAUCAGAAAAGUACAUCCUGUGUUCCACAUAUCCUUGAUAAAGAAAUCAUUGACAAACAAUGCACAAUCAGAGCUGGUAAAGGAGAUAAGAAGAAACCAGGGCGGAAAGGGGGAAGUCUUAGUGCACUGGAAACAUUUGCCUGACUUUGAGGACUUUUGACAGUGAUUGGAGUUUAGUGUUCCAUCAGCAAUUCAGCACCCUCUGCACUGCCCAUAUGACUAUCUUAUGCUCCAAAGAAGCCAAAGGAAAAAGAUCAGGUCAGAUCAGAAAAAUUCAGAUCAAAUCAAAUAAGAAACAUUCAUAUCAGACCAGAAAGAUUAAGAUCAAAUCAUACCAGAUCAGAAAAGUGCACAAUCAGAGCUGGUAAAGAAGGUAAGAAGAAACCAGGGCGGAAAGUGGGAAGUAUUAGUGCACUGGCCUUACUUUGAGGACUUUUGAGAGGUUCUAAAUCAGUUCAAACAGAAAUUCCCAGAUUUUCACCUUGAGGACAAAGUGGUUUUUGAAGGAGAGAGUGAUGAUAGAGAUCCAGACAAAACGGAAGAGCCCAUUAUUAAUCAUAAGGAAAGAUUUUUCUAAAGUAUACCAAAGGCGGGGUGAAAGAGUAAAUCAAGUAGUUGGAGAGGGAGAAUGUCCUACCUGAAUUGUGUUACGUGGAAAGGGGAGGGAAUAUAGGUGGGAAAAAAGGAGAGAAGAGGCAGGCUGUUCGACACUGGAAUCAAGUGGGGGAGAGAGAGAGAGGCUCUUAAAAACUCUAGCCAUCAUCAUUAUUUUACCGUAUUUCUUCUUCUUCCAUUGUAAUUCGGAUUCUGUUGAUCCGGAUUUUACUUUCAAUAUACAAUUACAGUGAUUGCAGUUGAGUGUCCUAUCAGCAAUUCAGCAUCCUCUGCACUAGCAAUAUGGCUAUCUUAUGCUCCAAAGAAGCCAAGGGAAAAGGUACACUGGACCGAGGAAACGGUCCAGCCCAGCUGGUUGCCGACUCACUCUCCCUUAUGGGAGGUCCCCGGGUUCAAUUCUCAAUGGAGUGAGAUUGAUCCCAGUUUACCCCUGCCCCCCCCC